CAUUUGUGUGCAUUGCUUUGUAUUAUGUGCAAAUGCAUUGCUAUGUCCUAUUAGGAUUUCUGAUUUAAUAUGUACUGGUUAUGCUUCAAAUAUCCCUGACAGAGUUUCCACAAUAGAGGUAUUGUGAGUUAUCAAGGACAAGGUAUGGGAGUCUUUCACAGGGGCAGCUUUCUAAAAAUAAGUUGUGAGGGAUCCCAUUCAUUUUGCAAAGGAAAAAAAAUAAAACACACAAGACAGCACAGUUUGGGAAUACGCAUCCCACAGUGAACUCAAGGUCUUAGCUUGGCCAAAAUAAGGGAACCUCCCAGCAUCUUGCACAAAGCUUGGCAGUAAAGGCAUCACUGAUGUUUUCUGAAUGCACGGAGGUAUUUGUAACAUGCCUUUCUACUCAAAUGUGUGUGUGAAGCAACAGGAUUGAUACAGCAUUGUCUUCUGUGACAGAGAUGCUACCAAUGUUGUUUUUCAGCUACACUGGAAUGGGAAUUGCACGUUUAAGAUGGUGGUUAUUUUUGCUGCCAAUGAUGCGUCAUACUCUUUCAAGCAAAUCUGAUACAAGGGAGGCUCAAGAAGAUUUUAAAGCAAUGGUUCUUACUAAACCCUUGUCUCAAUCUAGUCAGCUUGUGAGGCAUGAGGUGGACACUGAAGAACUGGACAAACCGAUGUGUGGGCUAUCUGUGCCAAGCUGGGGCAAGUGGGAAACUCAGGGUGUUGUAAGGGGUUAUGACAGUGCUUUCUUGGAUGCAGUACAAAGGGGGUCAUGGGAAGCAGAUGACCUAAAAGUGUUUGGGUUAUGUCCUGGAGAAAAGCAUCAGGCUGCUCUGGAGGUUCUUAAAAGCUUUGCAGAUUUGCUUGUAGAGCCCCAAGGGAAAAAUCUGUUGGUCCUUCACAUGGAAAAAGUUGACUGGGAAGCUGGAACCAGCCUGCAUUUUAAGGGGACUUCAAAGGAACAUGUCACUGCUCAUCUGCAACAUCGUCACUUACAGUUGCUUGUCUUUCACCUUGACACACAUGAGUCCUACAGGGAUCAACAUGGGUCUAAAAUUCUAGUGACAGGAGGAGGAGUCCAAGCAGAGCAGGUUGCUUGUGUAUCAUUAAAUACCCGCUAUCUUGUUAUGAGAGUAGGAGGAAACGUGAAGAACCACCCUUCCGGAGACCUAAUGCUCCAUCUGUCUGUUCACAUGAAAGGCCUUUCAAAUGGAGUUUCUUUAACCACUGUUGAAGUUGAGAAGCUCCUUUUUGGCACAGACAAAAAGUGUUUAACCAAGAUGACACCAGUACUGUUCAUGGUUAUUGGUGGAACCAGCCAAGAUGCACCUGCUUCCUUCUUGUCACAGGCUGAGAAUCUCAGGACAAGCUUUAGUACCCACAUAAACUCAGCUACAGUUGCUGAAAAGAAGGAUGGAUUCCUUGAGAUGAUAUCACAGUUCUCAGUGCUCCUGCUCAACUCUAAUGGUAAAGCAGCAUCUACUAUUAAACUUCCCCUUGACCCUAACGAUCACAGUGUUGGCGAUCUGUAUCCUCAACUUUUUAAUGUCACGGAUGUAGAAGCGUUGGAAUGGUUGGUGGACUCCAAUGACCCUUUGGUGUUCCUUUUUCUAUCAGGAAAUAAGUUUUUGCAAGGGACAAAAGUUCUUCAAGAGAAGCUUGCUGGAAAGCUGCUAGACAAGAUGACAGAUAAGCUUCAGGAGGUGUUGGAGGAUAUGGAAGAGCUUUUGUCUAAUAAAGAUCAUGCCCAAAUUCUUCGACACCUCUUACAUUCUUGUCAUGGCUCUUACAAUGUUAGCUAUUUACCCUCAGAAGCAGAGAAUAUAUCACAGGUGGGGGAGAGCCAGAACAGGAAGCUUCAUUCCUUGAUGCUUCUCAAGGUCCUUCAAACAAUUCGUUCUUAUUGGCAAGACCAAAAGAAGCUUUCUAGACGAAACCGGGGAACUGGCACCAAACCAUAUUGCCGCCUGCAAGAACUGACUAUAAGUCUGAAGCCAUUUGCCGAGUACAAAGACGUACUAUUGCCCGAGGAAAUCAAUAUCAAUAACUGUGUUGGGCCUUGUCGUUUUCCACAGACAACACAAAAUGACUACCAGACACAUGUGAUUCUUCUGAUACAGCUUCAGGAAAGGAGUCUGUCAAGUCUUGCUCGCCCACCAUGCUGUGUACCUGUGAGAUAUGAAGAGCAAUGGCUUAUGGUGGUAGAUGGAAAUGGUAUCAGGAUUCAGAGUUACCCUAACAUGGUCGCCAAGGAGUGUGGUUGCAGAUAAUCUGAAUUAAUACAAACAGAUUCAUGUAAAUAUGAAACUAUUGAUAAGAAACAACUGCAUAAAGGAAUAAUGUCAUUUUAACUUUGCAUAAUUGUAAGGGAAGCAGACCCUACAGGGACAGGGACAGCGUUAAGAGCUUGACCCUUCUCUCCCACCCCACUCCUGAUUUUGUUAUGAUAUUCCUUGUUUCUGGUCCCUACAUUUACAUACAUUAGAUCACUGGUGCAUGGGAGGGUCAAGGGGCAUGGAACCCAUGGGUGUGGUUGGCAGGAGGGCCAAAGACGUGUCUGCAAAACCCUUUAAAAUGUUUUUAACGUGCAAAAAGCACAUUUUUCCUAUUAACUAAAAUGAGAAUUUGAGGGUAAAUAAUCUAUCAGUGUUCUAUGUACUGGUGCACUCAUGGAACUUGCAAAAAAAACUUGAAUGUCAGGAAGUCUGCAAACAACUCCAAAUUGAUCGCCUUUCAUAGGCUACAACAGCAAUUCGGCAGGUUUUAGGUGGUGAAUAGACGAAUUUGAGUUCUUAAAGGGCCAGUGUAUGAUAAAUCCAAAAAUUUGAAUUUUUUAAAAAACUCAAAUCGAAUUUAAGCAAUUCCCUAGUCGAAUUUUACCAUUUUGACCAUAAAAAACUCAAAAUUUUUAAUUCGAAAAUUCAAAUUCUAAAUUUGAAUUUUCACUUUGACACUUGAUAAAUCUGCCCAUUAAAGUGCAUUUUCAUUUAUCUCUCUGAGCUGAGUUUAUAGAAAAUUCAUGUCAGUUUCUGGGAGUAAACUGGGACAUUCAAGGAGAACAAAAGGUUAAAUCGGUGUCUAUAAUGUGUAACCUCCUGCCCUAAGCUGGUGCUUCUCUACUUUAUAACACACCAUUCCAGGGUGCGAAUUGCACCAACAUAGCCAUGCUCUUUUGUUCUCCCAUGUAUCCUCUGCUCCACCCUGGGACACCUGGUAGAACUGAAGAAGAUGGUGGUGGCGGUGGUAUACUCUGCACAAAGUAUCCUGUGCUGGUGUGAGUUGUUCUCUCUGAACUUUUUAAAUGGAUCAACACACUUUGCAGAAUAGCUUCCAAAAGUCCUUCUUUUAUCGUGUGGAAAAAAAGUAGCCAGUUCAAUACAAUGUUUUACAUUUUUAUAUCAAAUAUUUAAACAGCUGUUUGUAACAAUAUGAAGAGAGCUUAAUAAAUCAGUUCAAGGGCAAAUUCUUCUCCUGAAUGCUAACAUACCUCUCCAUCGUUCAAGAUUCAAAGUCAGCUUGAACAAAGAAAAAUAUAUAUACGACUGACAAAAUGCCGCUUCAUUGGAGAACAGAUGUAAAGUUUAAUAUGGGGCCAAACCAAAGCAAAGCCUAUAGGAAAGUCUUAGUUACAGAGGUGUGAGAUAUUGAUGUUUAAGACUGUAGUAACAAAACUUAGGAAACAACGGCUGGGGAGACUAAAGCUACAGUGCAUAAAAACCUACAGUCAAACAUGGUACUGGAAAUAUUUAGGUGCAUGUGGGUAUCUUACUUAUUCUAAAGUCAGUGGCACAGAUUGACCAAUACAUGCCAUCCCCUCUGACAACUUGAGCAGGUACUUCAACUUGAGCAGGGAUCUGCCUGGUGUUUAGGAUUUUAGCAAUAGCCCUGCAUGAGCAUUUAAGAAAGUGGGAAGGAUUCUUCAAAUGUGUGUGAAAAGUGGUUUCACGUUCAGUGAAGGUUUUGUAUUUUGAUGUACAGGUGGCCUUUAUCAAGUUAUUGAACAGUAUUGUGUAGUUAGAAUUGAGUGAUAUGAUCAUGUGUAGCUGGUGUGUGCCACAAUUUCAUUUGGAAUAAAGGCAGUGUUUUGUCAAAGGUCCUGAGAAAUUUAUUAUUAGAAUUAUAUAGGGUUCUUCAGCUCCAUUGGAGGUUGUUGCCAACCUUUAUCCAGUAUAACUUUCCAUGGGUUGAAAAAAUGUAACAGAGCCGUAAGUCUUGAGAAUAUAAUUUCUGCACCACAUUUGGACAAAGUGCCACAAUGUGGCAUCCUUUCCAAAAUGGCUUCUUUUACCCUACUUAACCUACUUGCCACUCCAUUUUGCACAUUUGCAUCUAUCCCUGCACUGUAUUCUGAAGUGCAAAAACUUGUACAUGUGCUAUAGAGCAUAAAGACCUGUGCUUUCCCCCUCAGUACAGUUCUGUUGUCAUUUGGCAAUACUGAAUUCAAAAAAAGGGCAGACUAGGGGAGCCACUUGGAUUAGUGAUGUACGGGUCGAGAAAAACUUGACCCACAGCCGACCCUAAAGAACCCACAGCCGACCCUAAAGAACCCACAGCCGACCCUAAAGAACCCACAGCCGACCCUAAAGAACCCACAGCCGACCUUAACCUGCUCCUAUUUAUAUCCUCACCGGCUGUGAUGUCACUGAAGGAGACGGGGCACUCCGACAAUGAGUGGAAGUGGGGCACUAGAAGGUCGUAAACUUUAUGCGGAAGUCAGCCCGAACCUGCCUGUCUCACGUGUCGGCCUGUACAUCACUGACAUAGAUAUCCGCUCCCCUAAUAUACAUGUUAUUCACAUGUGCAAAUAAGGGAACACUGCUGAGUGCAAGGUACAGACAGGGCUGUUUUGUGCCUGAAAGUACUGCACUCUGCUCUAGAUUUUUAAUCCAGCCCGAUGUGCAGAGAACAGCUAUUUCCCAGGGUUUUUAUUUUCCAAUAAAGAUAAUUUAUUUUGAUGAUAAUAUGCCAUUCAACAACCACCACUUUACACGAUCCACCAUAACCACAAUUAGUUACUAUCCUUUUUUCUCUAAGAUAUCUAAGAUAACAUCUAAUGACUAUCCAGAAAACUGGAUAAACAUGCUCCCAUGCUUACAAGUUUAGUGAACCACAACUUUGUUGUGUUUUAUGUGUAUACAUACUUACAUACAUUCACUUAACCAUCUACCAUGUUUGAGACAGUUCUUUACAGAACCUGGUUGGUCCAAUGCAGACUAUGCUACAAUCGAUUCCGAAGACUGUUAAGUUCAUUUUCAUUAUUACAUCAGAGCUGCAUUUGCAAUCAGAGAUCUCAACCAGCAGCUGCUGAUUUGUCUCCCUCUGAACGGGUUGGCAGCUUUUCUACCUGUGUAUGGGCACUGUCAGACAGCCUAUUUCAUAGAUAUCUGGCUAAAAAUUGGCCAAAUAUCUAUGAGAUAGGGUUAAAAGUCAGGAUGAGGACCACAUUGGCUUGUUGAUAGGGGCUCUUUUCCCUUUUUUUUAUAUCUAUUGAUCCAAUAUUGGAUCAGCCCUGAUAGUGGGAAGGUAGACAUAUCGGGCAAAAGAUUCACUCAGAGAAGCACUCUUAUUUAUAUAAGUUAAUUUUACAUCAAUUAAUUUAGAUAGAGGGGCAAUACAAGCUUUAAUACAUGAAUUCAUAUUGUAGCAUAGUGCCACUUUUAUUAUUGUUAUUAUUAUUAUGCACCAACAUACAGGGACACCAUCAGAAAUAGCAGGGCCCCAUACAAAAACAUUUCCUGGGCCCCCUGGGCUGCACCCACCACAAGCCCCACCUACAGGUCCUCCCACCCCACAGGUCCACCCCCACCACCC